AUGAAACGGGCGGACGGAAACGCGUUUGCGACGGCUCGCCGGAGAGCAUGCAUGGAGCGGCCGGUCGCGCUCAGCGAGCGGACAACCGCGGGUCUCGGAUGCUCUCCCGGACGCGAGCCCAUCGUGCGAGUGGCGGACCCGGAGGCGGCCGGCCCAGCUCACCCCCAGAGAGGCCAUGGCCAGGGUCAGGCAUAA